AGAAAAAGUGACAUUUGCAAUUCGUUGUUCAUUGGCGCUGUUGUGCGUGAGUAACGUUUCUCGCAUGCUACUCGGUGUUCCAUUGUCAUAACGGAUGAAAUGAAUAUUUAUCUAUGGAAAGGUCAUUUCAGUUUGCUCGAGAAAUUACAAGUAUUUUUUAUAUGGUUUAAAAAAAACUGUUAAAUUUUGUUACCGAUUAAUUUAAUAUAAAUAACGAAUGAAUACAAAUAAUAUCGAAUUUGUAAUUAUUAAAACUGUAUGUCUUGACGAAUAAAAUUUUAAGUAAUAUUAGAAAAACAAUGUAUAAUAGAAGGUAACAACUGAGGAAGAUUAAACUAUGGCCAACAGAAAAGAUAAAUCAUCUACAGGUUUUCUGGACACAUGGUUCGGCCGACCAAAAAAAUCCGGGCGUGGAGGUGGGGUCAGAAGUGGUUUAGGAAACAAUACUAUACCACGACCUCAUUCCGGUGAUGAUUUCAAUGAGAUUGAGCAACAACGUUGUAUCAUUGAAAGAAUGGAUAAAGAGACAGUAAAUGACAAAUUUGAGGAAAUGUUGGCUAAUAUGAAUUUAACCGAAGAAAAAAAAGAACCAUUACGACAACAAUCGGAAGCGAAGAAAAGAGAAAUGUUGGUUUUGCAUUAUAAAGGUAGCAUUCAAGAGAAUAAAUCAAAAUUUGAUAAACCUGCGGAUUAUAUUCAGUAUUUGGCACAACCUGAUUUAAGUGUCAACAAAAUCUACAAUUGCAUUGAAUCAUUAAGAAUAGCAUUGACAAACAAUCCUUUAAGUUGGGUUCAGGAAUUUGGUACGAAAGGAUUGAAACAGGUUUUAGCGACGCUCAACGAGUGCUAUCGAAAUGCCUUCAUAUAUUAUAAUAGUGACAAUCGAUAUGAACGUAUACAGUACGAAUGCAUUCGAUGUUUGAAAGCUAUUAUGAAUAAUACUGUUGGUAUAAAGGAGAUGUUGGCUCAUCAGGAAGCACUCACGAUCGUAGCUAGAUCAUUGGAGCCGACAAAACCAUCCGUUAUGUCAGAAGCUGUAAAACUGCUUGGUGCAGUUUGCCUUAUUUCAAGCGACAGUCAUAAAAAAGUUUUGGAUGCGAUUACUAUGAACGGAGAAUUUAAGGGAAGAGAAAGAUUUUUACCUAUUGUGCAGGGUCUAAUGAAUAAGAAAAAUGAAAAUCUAAGAGUGGAGUGCCUUCAACUUAUCAAUUCUAUCAUUUCUUCGGCCGAAGAAUUAGACUUUAGAUUGCAUUUACGAAAUGAAAUCAUGCGAGUCGGUUUAGCCGAUAUUUUAGAAACAUUGGAAAAAAAUGAAUCUGAAGAUUUAGCUAGACACUUGAAAAUUUUCAAUGAUCACAAAGAGGAAGAUUAUGAAGAAUUUGUACAAAGAUUUGAUCACGUACGAUUGGAAUUGGAUGAUAUAAAUGAUUGUUUUGAAGUAAUUAAAAAUAUGGUAAUGGAAACGUCUGCUGAACCAUACUUUUUAUCAAUACUUCAACAUCUUUUAUUCGUCAGAGACGAUGCUUUAGUCAGACCGGCCUAUUAUAAACUGAUAGAAGAAUGCGUAUCACAAAUUGUGUUGCACCGUUCAGGCUGUGAUCCAGAUUUUAGUGCAACUAAGCGCUUUCAAAUUGAUGUCCAACCAUUGAUCGAUACAUUGGUUGAAAAAUCGCGAGUGGAAGAAGAAAGGCGAUUGGUUGAAGUAUUGCAAAAAUUAGAAGAAGCUAUAGCUAGUAAACAAGAAGCAGAAGCAAAACUUCAACAUGCAGAAAAUAAAAUUAGAGAAUUGGAGCAAGGAGGAAUAAAAUCAACUAACGGUAAUGCGAAAAUUGGUUCAGUCCUAUCGGGUUUGGCUGGAAUUGGUAAUCUUCCACCUCCACCACCUCCGCUUCCAAAUGCGAGUGGAUCAACAAUAAUAAUAGCACCGCCACCUCCGCCGCCACCACCUUUACCGGGUUCUGGUGGUCUAUGUCCGCCUCCACCACCACUUCCUGGAUUAGGAGGACCACCACCACCACCUAUGCCUGGUACACUAGCAGGUCCUAAACCUCCACCAAUGCCACAAUCAGGUCCACCACCGCCAAUGAUGGCUGGGAUUAAUUCCGCUAUUAACACGUCACAAUCACUUCCAUUAGGAUUGAAGCCAAAAAAAAAAUGGGAAGUCGAUGCACCAUUGAAGAGAGCAAAUUGGAAAGCAAUCAUGCCACAUAAACUCACUGAAAAAUCAUUUUGGAUAAAAGUACAAGAGGAUAAGUUGGCCAGUCCCGAAAUACUAAAUGGUUUAAGCUUAAAGUUUGCAUCAAAACCAAGUGGGAAGAAAAUUGAUGACGUUGUUGAUAAAUCAGCUUCAUCAAAAAAAGUGAAAGAUUUAAAAGUCCUUGAUGGAAAAGCUGCUCAAAAUAUUCUUAUACUUCUUAAUGGUACUUUAAAGCAUAUGUCAUAUGAAGAGGUAAAGUCUUGUUUACUCAAAUGUGAAGGACCCGUUAUUUCGGAUAAUAUACUUCAAGGACUGAUACAGUAUUUACCGCCACCCGAUCAAUUAAAAAAACUUCAUUUUUAUAAAGAUCAAUAUGAUGAUUUAACAGAAGCUGAACAGUUUUGUAUUACUAUAUCGACAAUCAAGAGAUUGUUGCCGAGAUUGAGAUCAUUAAGUUUCAUGCUGCGAUAUGAAGAAUUAGUGCAAGAUGUAAAACCGGAUAUAGUGGCAGGCACAGCAGCUUGUGAAGAAGUAAAGAAUAGUAAAAAAUUUGCCAGAAUUCUGGAAUUGAUCCUAUUGCUUGGCAAUUAUAUGAAUUCUGGUUCAAAGAAUGGUCAAGCAUUUGGAUUUGAAAUUAGUUUUCUUACUAAGUUAACUAGCACUAAGGACAUUGAUAACAAACAGACUUUAAUGCAUUAUUUAGUAGACACAAUAGAACAAAAGUUCUCAGAGUGUCUUAGUUUUACAGAAGAACUGGCACAUGUAGAUAGAGCAAGUCGAGUUUCUUUAGAAAAUGUACAAAGAACUUUGCGACAAAUGGAUUCUAGUAUUCGAAAUCUCGAACAAGAUUUAUCGAAUGCUAAAAUACCACAAUCCGAUGAAGAUAUGUUUUUACAUGUCAUGGGUCCUUUUGCAAAAAAAGCCCGUGAAUCUUACGAAGUUCUUCAAAAUAUGUUUAAAAAUAUGGACAGCUUAUACACAGAAAUUUCCGAAUUUUUUUCUUUUGAUAAACAGAAAUAUACAAUAGAAGAAUUUUUUGGCGAUAUAAAAACAUUUAAAGAUGAUUUCAUGCAAGCUCAAAAAGAAAUAAUAAAAAUGAGAGAAACAGAAGAAAAACAAAGAAGAGCGAGAGAAGCGCGAGAAAAAGCAGAAGCAGAGAAAGCAGCUCGAGUAGCAAGGAAAAUAGCACUUGUCGAUAUGAAUGCACAUGAAACUCAGGAAGGUGUUAUGGAUAGCUUAAUGGAAGCUCUUCAAACUGGUUCCGCGUUUAGUCGACCAGAUCAACGUCGGAAACGUCAAACACGCGCUGCUGGUGGUAAGUUGUAUAGGACUGCAUACGCUUCAACGAAAUCUACGAAGAAGGAGAAGUUGUUAUUUGCUAAAUUGUAUCAAUCGGGAGAACUUAAGCAAUUUGCAAUUAAACGAAAUCAAAGCAAUAUUACGCGAAACGUCUCUCUUUCUCGUGAUAUGCUCACAAUUUCAAAAAAUUCUGGUUUCACACAAUAUGCAACACCAGAAGAAAAUCAACAUUUUUAUAAAUGUUUAUUACUUGAUCUUGUCACAAGAACGCCUAAACAAGAUAAAUUUUUAUCUAGGAUUAGUUCAUUUAAGAGAAAAAAACAAAGUGAAAUCGCAUCCAAGAAAAUACGUAUUGAUCGAUUAAUAUUUGAAGAAACUCCAAAAAGAGAAAUUUCUAUAAAAAUAUCUCGAAAUUUCGAUGAUAUUUCGAAUUUAUCAAAUAAUUCCGACCAAUGUGUUGCAUCUUACGGAUUUGUGAUAGAUGAGCUAAAAAAACAUACACCGAAACAUGUCAAAUCGAAUUUAGUUUCAUCCUCUCCAAAUCAAACGAUUUCUAUAGGUACAGCUGUAAAGCUUAGUCCAGUUAAACGAAGACAAGUUAUAGUAAGUAAGAAACAUAAAAGAAACAGUAUAGUGCGGCGUGUUGUUAAGAAUCGUAAACAAAGGCAUUCGAGAUUUAGCGAUAAUCGAAGAGCACGAAAGCUGUUCAGUUAUUUGGGCAGUCCUAUAGGCGAAAGUAUUUCGCUGAUCGAAAAUCGUUCCCUUUUCCAUGCAUUCGAAUCGGAUAAUAGAAUAUCGAAAUCUAUGGACAAUAUUAUAACUAAAAUUGAUAAAAUUCCAUUAAAAUUGAUUGAAAGAAAAAAUUUAGAUAUCCUUUGUUGGAAAGAUGAAAAUAAAAAUGAUUUGUCUAUACAAUAUUCGAAUAGUCAGCUUUCAUCUUUGAAGUGUUUCUUUCAAUGUCCGAUCUUGAAUUCGAACAGAAAAAUGACUGAGUUGGACGAACUUACUUUUCAAAUGACACAACCUAUUACUAUUGAAUCUCGAAUUAAUAAUAAUCUCGAUACUUUUCAUCAGUUAAAAUUGACAAAUAACGCAUCAAAAAAUUGUUCGAUAUUUGCGCUCAAAAAGGACACGCUUUCGAUAUCGACUAAACAAGAAUGCAAUUUUAUAAUUACAACCGAAACUGAACAGAUCGUUUCGAUGAAGAAAAAACAUCGGAAAAGAAUUUGGAAAUUUUGGUAGAUUUGUUAAAUUGCGUUGUUGUCGUAAUUUCUUCAAAUGUUACAUAUCUAUAACUGUUUCAUAUUGUAUUUUAUUGUAUUUAUGUAAUUUUAACGACAAGACUGAAUUUUGUUUCAUUAAUAUUAUUAUAUAUUUUAUUUUUUAUUUUUUCUUUUUUUUUUC